AUGACAGGCACGCCUGGAUCCUACUUCAUGCCACCCGUCGCGCUGCCACCUCAGCAAAGUCCCAGUGUCGCAUCUGUCGGGAGCAAUGGAUUUCCUCCAGACUGGACUGGAUUUCCAACCACAUCGCCAUACGCACAGAAUGGGAUGCCUCCCGCUUCGCAUCCGCAAACGCCAUUUGUCGCGCCCGGCGCCCCAUACGCUGCAUUUCAGCCGCAGCCUCCUGCAGGUUACCCCGUUUACCCUGGGAUGUGGCCGAUACCGAUGAUACCACAAAUGGGUGGAUUCACUCCGUAUCCCAUGCACGGUGGAUGGGCACAGACUCCCUUUCCCGUUGGGGCAGGAGGGCUUCCUCCGCAGGCAGGUCCUGCUCAAGCCCAAGUCCCGCAACCGACAGGCGGUGCUCCGCCACCUCCGCCAAUUCGUCCUCAAGAUGCAAGUGAAUUUGACAAAUUCGCAGAGGGUCCACAUUAUGGACCCGUUCUGUCUCCGCUUAUGGUCAAGAAGGUAAAAGCGCGGUUGCAGCUGAAUCCGCUGCUGAUGCCGCCUCCCGAAGAAGAGGGGCGCGACUACAUCAAGUGGAACAUGCUCUUCUCCACUGCACAGUGCCAGCGCUCCUCUGACCCUGCCUAUCGCUCCUGGUCUGAUGGCCGCAACGCACCCGCAACCUGGCCGCGCGUGUCCUCUCUUCGCCUUAUAUCCCGCCACAUACCAUGGCCCAUCGAAAUCUCCGUGGACGAGGCCGUCGGCGUCACCUGCGGGGAUGUCAUUGAAGGCAUACAUACGUACAUGAAUGGGCGCGUCUUGCAACGGCAGUUCGACUCCGCGUCAGCAGACCACAAGCGUGUCAUUUCAGACGCGUUCUACCACAAUCGCUCGACGGCGCAGGGCGUGCCCGGUGGGCGGCUACCACAAACGCUCCUCCGCUUCGACUGGCUCGGGCAGGAUACGAUGUUUGGUGGGAUCACAAUCAAUGAGCAGUUCGUCCAGGAAGUCUGUGGCGGGCCACUGCCGUGUGUGUUUGAGCUGUUGUGUCGAAGGCGCUACCCGAUGUCCGAGCAGGAGAUCUUGGAGCAGGAGGAGCGAGAGAGGCAGGCGGAUGCGCGUACGAGGCGAAGGGGGCGGUCUCGGGCUACGUCACGAGCGACCUCCACUACUAGGACGUCCUCGCAGAAUGGUAGUCAAACUGAUUCCGGAGAUGGGGCUGAGUGA